AUGUUUGCAUUUGAGUGGAAUACCAGUUCCUUGUCGUGUAGUUUCCGUAAUAAAGAGAUCGUCGAUAUUGUGAACCUCGAGAUUAAUCAAGACUUAGAGGACAGGGAUGUGAAGAAUGAGAGCAGAAAUUCUGGUGAAAUAGACUUCACGGGAAGAUAUAAAAUGAUGAAAAGCGAGAAUUUCGACAAAUUUCUCGAAGAACUUGGCGUCGGAUUCCUUCAGCGGACGAUUGCCAACAGAGCUCAUCCCGACUACGAGAUCACCAGAAAUGGAGACACAUAUAAACUGAAGACUAUUUCUGAGUUUAAGACAUCUGAGAUUAACUUCAAACUCAAUGGCGAAGAGUUUGAAGAGAACCGUUUGGAUGGACUCCGAGUGAAGGCAACUAUUGUUCAAAAGGGAAACAAAUGGAUUCACAAACAGAUUAGUGACAGGAAUUUGGUGACAAUUAUUAGGGAAUUCAAAGACGACACCAUUCGGGUCACCGGUGCUCUCAAUAAUGUAGCUUUUGUUAGGAUUUAUAAGAAAGUCAAAUAA